ACAUGCGCACGCUAGGGCAAGUUCAAUUAUGUUGUCAACUGUUGACCUAAUGACGUAGUAAAAUGGAAAUAUAUCUUGCGGUUUGCAUUGCAUUUACAGACACGAAUUCAUAUCUGCAUCCUUCAUCAUAAUGUGAUAUGAUGUGUGAGUGAUAGUAUUUGAUUAAUUCCAGCUCAAUUCCUUUCAAGACUAGAGAAAAGUGAUUGUCAGAGAAACGAAGGUUGAGUUGGAGUUUCAUAAUCUCUGUAAAAUGGACAUAUCGGAGAAAAUGAAAGAAAAGUCAGAUUUCCAUGCGUCGCAGUAGCAGUGUUUUCUGCAGUAUGGAUAAGUUAUUUUGGCUGUUACAUAAUUCGUUACAGACACAAUGGACCGAGGAUUCCACGAAAUCGAAGUAGCCUAACAAACGACGUGUGAGGGGGUGAUAAGUGCUUUCUAACCUCGGUGACACAGUAUAUGGAUACAGUAACUGAUGAGUUCAUACAGAAGGUCUGAUGUCCACACUCUGUGCUCUUCCAUGUAUGGUCCAGUGGAACUCUCCUUGACCAUUAGAUGGACUACGAACAGAUCCAGCAGUUACUGCGACCGCACCUCACAACUACCUUACCCCUUAGCUUUAAACCCUCACCCCUGACACAUACUCUUUACCUCUAACCCCUCAUUCUUCCUAAUCCUUAACCUUACUCCCCCUCUCCCCUCCCUCCCUCCCUCCCUCCCUCCCUCCCUCCCUCCCUCCCUUCCUUCCUCUCAUCUCUUGUCCUCUCCUCUCCACCAUGUUAUCCCGUAUCACCACAGUCCUCUUAGCUGUUUUGUGUCGAUGUGUGCUGGUGUCUCUCGGGGUGGACCCCCCUCACCCCCGUCGGGAGAUCCGGAUCGAGGGAGACCUGGUCCUGGGGGGGCUGUUCCCGGUCCAUGAGAAGGGGGGAGGAAUAGAGGAGUGUGGCAGGGUAAACGAGGACAGGGGGAUCCAGAGGUUGGAGGCCAUGCUGUUUGCUAUAGACAGGAUCAACUCUGAUCCUACUGUACUGCCUGGAGUCAGUCUGGGAGUUCACAUACUGGACACCUGUUCUAGAGAUACAUACGCACUGGAACAGGCGCUGGAGUUUGUACGUGCGUCUCUGACCAAGGUGGACGAUACAGAGUUUAUCUGUCCUGAUGGAUCCUACGCUCUACAGGACGACAGUCCCCUGGCAAUCGCUGGAGUUAUAGGAGGAUCCUAUAGCAGCGUGUCUAUACAGGUGGCCAACCUGCUCCGCCUCUUCCAGAUCCCUCAGAUCAGCUAUGCCUCCACCAGUGCCAAGCUCAGUGACAAGACGCGCUAUGACUACUUUGCCCGCACGGUGCCCCCUGACUUCUACCAGGCCAAAGCGAUGGCAGAGAUCCUGCGGCUGUUCAACUGGACCUACGUGUCCACGGUGGCAUCAGAGGGAGACUACGGAGAGACGGGCAUAGAGGCAUUCGAACAGGAAGCACGUAUGAGGAACAUCUGCAUCGCUACCUCUGAAAAGGUGGGGCGCUCUAACGCUAAGAAGUCAUAUGAGGCAGUGAUCAGGCAACUCCUCCAGAAGCCCAAUGCCCGCGUGGCAGUUCUCUUCCUGAGGAGUGAUGACGCUCGAGAACUCCUCUCUGCCGCCGCACGACUCAACACCACCUUCAUCUGGGUGGCCAGUGAUGGCUGGGGGGCACAGGAAAGCAUUGUCAAGGGCAACGAGGCCACGGCCGACGGGGCCAUUACCCUGGAACUGGCGGCCAAUCCCGUGCCGGCUUUCAACCACUACUUCGUGUCUCUGGAUCCAAUCAACAACCGCCGCAACCCCUGGUACCGGGAAUUCUGGGAGCAGAAGUUCCAGUGCUCACUUGGGGGAGGAGGAGGCGGGGCAGGAGGAGUAGGGUCAGGGGGGAUGGUGUCUCUCUCCCUCCCUCCCUGUGAGAAGGGUGUGUCGGUGGAUGACAGUAACUUUGAGCCGGAGUCCAAGAUCAUGUUCGUGGUGAAUGCGGUAUACGCCAUGGCCCACGCCCUCCAUAAGAUGCAGAGAACAUUGUGUUCCAACACCACCAAGCUCUGUGACAGCAUGAAGGCUCUGGAUGGACGCAAGCUCUACAGAGACUACCUUCUCAACAUCAGUUUCACAGCUCCCUUCUCUCCUCUCGGCAGUGAGACUGUGGUGAAGUUUGAUCCCUAUGGCGACGGGAUGGGACGUUACAACAUCUUCAGUUACCAGCGCAACGCUGAUCGCUAUGGCUAUGUGCCCAUCGGCGAGUGGGCGGAGACUCUGAGCCUGAGCAGUGACCUGAUUCGCUGGCCAAGGGAGGUGGUGCCCCCAUCCCAGUGCAGUGACCCAUGUGCCCGCAAUGAGAUGAAGAAGAUGCAGGCUGGAGAGUACUGUUGUUGGAUCUGUACGGCAUGUGAGGCUCAUGAGUACCUGGCUGAUGAGUUCACCUGUUCGCCCUGCGCCCCCGGCCAGUGGCCCAGUGAAGACCUCACUUUCUGCUAUGACCUGCCCGAGGACUACAUCAUGUGGGAGGACGCCUGGGCCAUCGGACCCAUCAGCAUCGCCAUUGUCGGGUUCCUGUGUACAUCUCUGGUGUUCUGGGUGUUUGUGAGACACAACAACACGCCCCUGGUGAAGGCGUCAGGCAGAGAGUUGUGUUACAUCCUGCUGCUGGGUGUCUUCAUGUCCUACUCCCUCACCUUCCUCUUCCUGGCCAAGCCCUCGCCUACUAUCUGCGCCAUGCGACGCCUCGGCCUCAGCACCUCAUUCGCUGUCUGCUACUCUGCCCUGCUCACCAAGACCAAUCGGAUCGCCCGGAUCUUCAGCGGGGUAAAGGACGGGGGCGGGACCACAAGGCCGCGCUUCAUAAGCCCCACCUCUCAGGUGUUUAUCUGUCUCAGUCUGAUAUCGGUCCAGUUAGUGAUGGUGUCAGUGUGGUUGCUGCUGGAGGUUCCCGGUACCAGGAGGUUUACGUUACCGGAGCGACGGCAGACAGUGAUCCUGAAGUGUAACGUCCGUGACUCCAGCAUGCUGCUGUCACUAGUAUAUGACGUGCUCCUGGUCAUCCUGUGUACCGUGUACGCCUUCAAGACCAGGAAAUGUCCAGAGAACUUCAAUGAGGCUAAGUUCAUAGGAUUUACCAUGUACACAACCUGUAUCAUCUGGCUAGCAUUCCUGCCCAUAUUCUACGUCACAUCCAGUGACUACAGGGUCCAGACCACCACCAUGUGUAUCUCUGUCAGUCUCAGUGGUUUCGUGGUGCUGGGCUGUAUGUUCGCUCCCAAGGUCCACAUCAUCAUGUUCCAACCACAGAAGAACGUCACCAGUCUCCGCCUCAAUAUCAACCGCUUCAGUGUCAGUGGUCCUGCCACCACAUGCGCUUCACAUGUGAGUGCCCAGUAUGUACCGACUGUGUGUAAUGGGAGAGAAAUUGUUGACUCCACCACUUCAUCUCUGUGACCCCACCCACUCACCUCUCUAUCCCCACCCCCCAGAGACUUAGCCAAUAGGCACACAUUGUGCCCCCCUGUCCCCUCCUCCCACCACGUGGACUAGCACAGUACCAUUUCAAGUCUGUAGAAAGCGUGUAUUAUGAUUAAAUUAUUUUCUAGUGCUGUACAUAUAAUGGAAUCAACAUUGUUGUAGACAUACAAAAGAACAAAAAAAAACUUUGUAGGAGGAUUUUUUGACGCUUUGUUUUUGAUAGCUUUGUUAAAAGGCUGUGUUCAUUUAUUUAUAACUGUGCACUGGCUAGGUUGUGAUAAGUGUGUUAGGGUUGUGAUAGGAGUAUGUGUGUGUUAGGGUUGUGAUAGGAGUGUGUUGUCUGCAUUACAUGCUGACAACACCGGCCACGUGCGUGCGUCUGCAUGUGCCAUUGGGCGCAUGUUGUUUUGUACAUCCACACCAGACGCAAUAGUGACACGCAGGUUGAAAUAUCAAAACCAACAAUAUUCAUUUGGAGGUAGCUCGAAACAUUCAUGGACAUUUAAGCUAGCUAGCUGUUGGGACUGCUAGUUAGUCCUGGGAGAUGAAUAUUGGGUUGAUAUUUUACCUGACAUGCAUAUGGUCUUCUAACAUUUUGACCCGGAGUCAUACAAAAUCUUGUGUUUCUCUACUCUGACAAUUAAUCCACAGAUGCCACACAGAAAAAAUGGAAACCUACUUAGUUUUGUUAUCUUUAAUGAAUCUCUCCUCCUGUGUUUGUCAAUCAUCCACGUGGGUGUGUAUCUCCCUGAUAUUCAAUAAGGAGGGGACUUGCAGUCAGUGGAGCAUCUCAAAUAGAACCAAGUUCUAUUUUAGCGUGUGGCUAUGCAGACGCUCGUUCAAGCACGUGAGCGGUGUGUACGAAAUUAUUGAAUAAUAUAUACUGUAUGUGUCCAUUUAUUUUGCAACACUCGUGCACGCAAUGUGGGCUGUGAGGUUUGCGUGUUAGAGUUGUGAUAGGAGUGUGUGUGUGUGUGUGUUAGGGGUGUCUGAAAACAGAUGUUCUGUACGAGUAGUGGCUGCAACAGCCUCACCUGCAAUAGCCCACAGACUUUCUACUCUUGUGCUUUUUUUGUAGGUCUCAUUGUAAUAACCCAGUCAGUAUGCAUUUGUAUGUUGUAUCUGUAUAUAAUAUUACUGAUGGUUGGAACAGCACAAUGUUGACAGUAUUAUGUAACUCCAGUAGGAUUCCCACUACUGUGGACUGACUGUGGAUGAAGCUCUGUGAGUGUUGACUAGCCCUUAGGAAUAGAAUGGCUGGAACGGACAUAGUCUCCAAAAUUCAUAUAGUAUGUUGAAUCACACAUUUGCUCUUAUUAUGGCAGAAUAGUAUCAAAUAUUUAUGAAACUUUCCCAAUAUGGCAGCCAGUCCACCCAAUAUGGACCAUGAUUUUCAACUGGAAUGUUCCUUCUACUCAUUCUAAUUCCAUGGAACAGCCACUGUAUAGGAGGGUCCCUUUACCUUGAUGACCAUAGUAACAGACGUGUGUACAACAACAACACAACGUUUCUAUUUAACUGGUAUUUCCGCAUCAAACGUUAGCAUCAGUGUGACAACACAAGGUAGUUCAUUAAAAGUGACUCUUUCCAAGUCUUAACUGUCAAUAUUAAAGAAACAUUGUUGAUGCACUGCCACAAUCAAACGCAGUCACUGAUGUUUAAUUUAGCAUUUACAAACAUUCUUUGAAAUCAUUCCACAAGCACGGUUUGUAGAAAAGACUUUGCUGCGAACAAGUCUAGUUGAACACACAUCUUCCCUGCAUCCUUUAAACCAAUGGGUAGUGCGCUCUCCCAUGUCAAUGUGUCCUGUAGUCAUGUGAUGUUCUAUUAACUGCUGUGUGUCUGCUAGGCUUAUGCUCCAGGUAGAGGCUGUCCUUAUAGGCACAGAUCUAGGAUCCGUUUACAGUCCACCAAUCCUAACCAUAACCAGUAGGGGUAAAUAUGUAGAGCAGUGUCUGUGGUUAAAGUCAUCCUACUCCCAGUGUUACUAUAGCCUCCCCCGGUCUCAUUGUGUAUAUAAGAGCAGGUGGGAGGAAGUUAUUUUUUAUGCAUCUCAAAUAGAUUCCUAUCCUGGUCGCCUCGUCUUCUUUUCCGUAGUGUGAAACAUUAAAGAAGUGGAGUCCAGGAGAAUGAGGCCACACCCCUCUCUGCUAAGGAGGAUUUCCUGGGGUGUGAUAACCGGUGUUACACCUCUGACGCAGUGCGCCUGUCAAACAUUUCCCCAAAGUCUUAGCAAUAGUGAAAGACAGACACAAAGAGGGGGGGAGAGAGAGCGUUUCUGUGAUUGAGCGAACCUAAAGAAGUUUGUGUGUGUGUGUUGCAGCAGGCAGAGAGGACCUGGAUUAUGUAAAAGCAUCCCAUGGCCCAGGAGGCAGAGCAGCAUUGUUCAGCCCAGACACACACUAACAUACACACAGCUCAGAGAUUGGGAGGCUUUGUUGUCCCUAGGCUUAUGCAUUCACUCCCCAGCCUUGCAGCCACCAGAUACUAGACCCUCCUAUUCCCUCCCCGCAUUGCAUAUCGCCAUGGCAAACCACUGCAACAUCCACUUUCACAAUUCCUUUUGUUCUGAUAGAGUGGGAUGGGGGAGUCAAGCAUGAAGAACAGAGGUGUGGGAUGUUGAAUCAGACAAGUUCAAAUCAAACUUUAUUUGUCACAUGCGCUGACUACAAGUGCACAGUAGACCUUACCGUGAAAUGCUUACUUACAAGCCCGUAGCUCUUCUUGAACUGCACUGUUGAUUAAGAAAAUAUUUACCAAAUAAAGUAAAAAAAUAAUAAAAACACAAUAACAUAACAAUAAUGAGGCUAUAUACAGGGGGUAGACUUGGCGCUCCGGUACCGCUUGCCGUGCGGUAGCAGAGAAAACAGUAUGACUUGGGUGACUGGAGUCUCUGACAAUUUUAUGGGUUUCCCUCUGAGACUGCCUAUUAUAUAGGUCCAGGAUUGCAUGAAGCUUGGCCCCAGUGAUAUACUGGGCCAUACGCACUACCGUCUGUAGCGCCUUAUGGUCAGAUGCCGAGCAGUUGCCAUACCAGGCGGUGAUGCAACCGGUCAGGAUGCUCUUGAUGGUGCAGCUGUCGACAUUUGAGGAUCUGGGGACCCAUGCCAAAUCUUUUCAGUCUCCUGAGGGGGAAAAGGUUUUGUCGUGCCCUCUUCACGACUGUCUUGGUGUGUUUGGACCAUGAUAGAUCGUUGGUGAUGUGGACACCAAGGAACUUGAAACUCAAGACCUGCUCCACUACAGCCCCGUUGAUGUUAAUGGGGGCCUGUUCAGCCUGCUUUUUCCAUCAGCUCCUUUGUCAUUGAGGGAGAGGUUGUUGUCCUGGCACCACACUGCCAGUUCUCUGACCUGCCUAUAGGCUGUCUAAAUGUUGUCGGUGAUCAGGCCUACCACUGUGUCAUCAGCAAACUUAAUGAUUGUGAUGGAGUCGUGUUUGGCCACGCAGUCGUGGGUGAACAGGGAGUACGGGAGGAGACUAAGUACACACCCGAGGGGCCCCAGUGUUGAGGAUCAGCUUGGAAGAAGUGUUGUUGUCUACUCUUUCCACCUGGGGGCGGCCUGUCAGGAAGUCCAGGAUACAGUUGCAGAGGGAGAUGUUUAGUACCAGGGUCCUUAGCUUACUGAUGAACUUUGAGGGCACUAUGGUGUUGAACGCUGAUAAGUAGUCAAUGAACAGCAUUCUCACAUAGGUGUUCCUUUUGUCCAGGUGCGAAAGGGCAAUGUGGAGUGCGAUUGAGAUUGCGUCAUCUGUGGAUCUGUUGGGGCGGUAUGCGAAUUGGAGUGGGUCUAAGGUGUCCGGGAGAAUACUGUUGAUAUGAGCCAUAACCAGCCUUUCAAAGCACCUAAUGUCUACCGGCGUGUGUGCUACGGGGCGGUAAUCAUUUAGGCAGGUUACCUUCUCUUCUUUGAGCACAGGAACUAUGGUGGUCUUCUUCAAACAUGUAGGUAUUACAGACUCAGUCAGGGAGAGGUUGAAAAUGUAAGUGAAGACACUUGCCAGUUGAGUACACGUCCUGGUAAUCCAUCUAGCUCCGCGGCUUUGUGAAUGUUGACCUAUUUAAAGGUCUUGUUCACAUCGGCUACCGAGAGCUUUAUCACACAGUCAUCCAAACACUGGUGCUCUCGUGCAUGCUUCAGUGUUGCUUGCCUCGAAGCGAGCGUAAAAGGCAUUUAGCUCGUCUGGUAGCCUCGCGUCACUGGGCAGCUCGCAUCUGGGUUUCCCUUUGUAGUCCAUAAUAGUUUUCAAGCCCUGCCACAUCCGACGAGCAUCAGAGCCAGUGUAGUAGGAUUCAAUCUUACUACACCAGCUCUCUAAUGAUGGGACUUGGUGGAAAAUGCCCUCUCUCAACCAACCCUUCUCUCCACAUUCCAUCUCACUCCCAGCCUUUGUCUCCCCAUCUUUCUCUGUCACCCACGCCAGUCUCCCUUCUCACAUCUUGUGAAACUUUGCUGGUGCACUUGUCUGAGCCAAGAUAGCUUAAGACAGGCUCUUUACGGAUCCUGAGCCCACUGCAACACAUCAUGCCAAGAAGGGUUCUGUGAGCCCACUCCAACAGGCCAAGCACACGGAAACAGAGCCGGACUCAUAUACAAGCCAAGGACAUGGAGCUGUCACAACAGGAGCCUUGAGGAGAUGGAGAGAGGAGUUGGUGUUGCAGUCAGAUUGUUUGUGUGAGCUGUGUUCAACUAAAGCAGUUUCAUCCUGUAAAAAUAGUACAGAUAUGAGGAGGCAUAUAACUACUCCCUUUGAAAGACUACUACUUAGCUUGACCAACAGAUGACAGGCAUUGUAAUGUGUACAUAUGAAAAUAGGCUAUGAAAGUGACUGGUCAUUCACUAGCAAUGUAGAUCAGUACAACAGAAAAGUGACGUUAAGUCAGUGUUUUACCAUUAUCAGUGUCAAUUCUAUUGGUACCAAGUGUGUCCAAAGGUGUCUUUAAUAACGUUAACAAAUUAUGUGUUCGCUUUCACAGCGUAUUCUAAACUGGAAUUAACCAGUGUUCCCCAGAUGUUAAAGGAACAGGCCAGAACAUUCCGGAGUCGAGGUAGAAGUUGCUCCUAUAAGCACAGAUCUAGGAUCAGAUCCUCAAUUCUAACUGUAACCAAUUGAGGAUGACAUCGUAUCUGACCCUAGAUCAGUGGUUAGGGACAAUUUCACCCUACUCCACAAUCUGGAGUGAAGGUGAACCCUGACCUCUUUGGACUGGCCAAUCACAAAGCAAUAGAGCUCAUGAUGCGUGCAAUAAUGAAGACAUGAUGACAUCAUAAUAAAUAAUAACAAAUGAUA